AUGCUGGCAUACAAAUCUUACAUAGAAGAUGAUUUCGCCGCUGUACCUCAACGUGAAGCGCUGGUUGCCGCCGCCGCCGCCACUGCCGGCGCUCUGGUCCAGCACCUCCACCCGGAGCCCUGGCUCUCGGCUCAUCGACGAGGAUUGGGAGGCUUCCAGAGGACUUUGGGUGACGCAGUGGGAAUCUGGGUGAUUCGUGAUUCGUACCGCCGCCGCCGCUACGUGGAGAGCGCGACCGAGCCGGCAGCUGCCGCCGCCGCCGCCGCCGCCAGGGCGCGAAGUGAGCGCGGCCACACUGCCACAGGCCUCAAGGCGUUGGCGGCGGCAACGGCCGGCGCCAACCCUCCGCUUUCGAACGCUGUCCACGCAGCUGCCACCCAGCAGCGCAGCUGGGCUCCGGCCUCGCUGCUCCGCGGCGUCGGCACAGACUACUUGGUGCUGUGCACGUUCGGCAGAGGAGUGUACGGCCAGACAAUGUGUGUAUCUCGUGCACGGGUACCUCGUUGUGGACUGCUGAAUGACGCGUGCGGUUGUGUGCAGGUGCUCCACUGCCAGGAAGUGGGAAGUGCCCGUUCGAGGGCCGUGAAGGUGCUGCGCUUGGAGGGACAAUGGAGUGAGGCGGCGAUGAACGAGGCGAAGCUGAAGACUGUUUCACCACAGUGUACUAGGUAUCCUGUGGUUUUGCUCUACUUCCGGCUGUCUUGUGAACUACGAGUAGCUGAUACAGACACUUUCUUCUCUAGAAGAAGAGAAUUUAUCGUAGAACUCUUACCAACAUUUGGAUAUCCUACUAAACCUACUGUUGUCACACCAGGUGUAACUUUUUCUCCAACAGGAAUAGGAAAAGAACAACAAUGCAAAAAAGACCAACCUUCUUUCAACAACUCUCCAGAGCUGCCUCCAAAACUCCAAAUUCUUUUCAUAAGGCUCAUUACGAAGAAGGAACACUCAUUUCUACAGAAAUCUCCACGAGAAGGGGAAGACUGGCAUAGAAUGGCAGUUGUUGGAAAUAAAUGUAUUGAAAAUGUAGAUGAUAACACAAGCUGCGGUAAACGAAGUUCUGAAGUACACAUCAACGUGACCUGGCCCUUGGGAACACCAUGGAACACGUGCAGGCAGAACCUUUCGUUUCAAACCACGGUUGCAACCAGGUUGCAACUGGCAGUCAACUGGUUCCAACACUAG